ACCUCAACCGAAACAUCAGUGGGAAAAAGGGCAGGUAGAAUUGAUCAAUGGCGAACUCUGGUGUGGUGAAGCUGGUUUUGAUGGCAACUGUGUGGGUGGCAGUUUUGAGUCCCAAAGCCGAAGCAGCAGUGACAUGUGGACAAGUGGUGAGCAACCUCACUCCGUGCGUUUCCUAUGUGCUGAAUGGUGGCAAAACGGUGCCUGUCCCGUGCUGCAACGGGAUCAAGACCCUCUACAACCUCGCUCACAACACACCAGAUCGCCAAACAGUUUGCAACUGCAUCAAAAACGCUAUCAGGGCCAUCCCUUAUAGUAAGUCCAACGUAGACCUUGCUGCUGGCCUUCCAAAGAAAUGUGGGGUCAACAUUCCUUACAAGAUCAGUCCAUCCACCGACUGCUCUAGGGUGCAGUGAGGUAAUUAAUUAAUGAUAAAUGGAGCAGUAACUAAAGAAGGAUAUGCAAUACUUACUGUGUGAAUAAGUGGCUACAUAUAGGCCAUACUGGCAUGACUCGUAGAUUCUUACAUGCUUAUUUAAAGCAUCUACGGCUACCAGUCUUCUUAUCGUAUGCCUCAUGCAUGUUUGUGUUUCUUUCUCAGCUGUUUAUGCAUUUAAAUAAAUGGAUGCGCAGUUUGUCUCUAAAUGAUACACCAUCUCUGAUAUAUGCUUGAACCUUUCUCACUCUCUCAGAGUAGAGAACUAAAAUUCA